AGGAAUAGCCGACAAAAUGAGGGAAGCGCCAGUCGCGCAAUAUGCGAAUUAAAAAAAGCGCUGAAAAAGAAAAGGAAAUAAAAUACUGUAUUGAAAAAAUGAGAAGACCAUUUCUUUCAACAACGGACCUAGGAUUUCACGUCUAUUUACCCUUAAAUUAAAACAAAAACUCUGACUACCUUUACCACCAUGACGUUAUACGUCAACCCGACGCUCAAAAGAAUGUCAAAAGCAUUUUCGAUAUAGUUUUACUAGGGUUUUUUUUAUAAAUAUUUAGCCAUGUUUUGCGCUGAGAAGAAUUCGUACCUGCAGCUCGUCUGUGCUAUGGAUCCGCGGGUUAUCAAUAAAGUCGUGGACAGAGCUAUGGGGAAGAAGGUUAUAGACUCGCCUUGUGCCAACGAGCUGAUAGGACCAAUGCAGUGCAUGUGUGCUAAGCACUUAGCUUCAAAGGAUCCUCCACCCAGUGCCAAGUUCCACCCACUCGGGCUGGGGCCAGCUCAGCCCUCGACAUACGCGCCUCAUAUCGACAUAACACGCUCUCGACUCGGUUUCGGUCGAGUAGGCCUGAGACUGCUUAAUAGAGACUUGCAGUCGCCAGACUAUCUCAUACAGCUGCAGGCGAUACAUACUGUGUUGGAUCAGGUGCAAUUAUCAGAGAGCGCUGUGUACCUCAUAAACCUGAACGUGGUCCACCGUCUGACCGAACUCCUCGACAGCCGGGACCCGGUGAUCCGGGAGAAGGUCUGCAUAAUACUAACACACUUGGCGGGAUACUACCAGGGCAGGCAGCGGAUAAGUGCUUGCCCGAAUCUGUAUUUCAGACUCAUGUGGCUUUGUAUGAGAGACAAGAAAGAAAUAAGAUACGCAGCAGCUUACACAUUUAGGACGCUCUGCAGAGAUCGCUGCGCAUGCGAAGAAAUAUGCAAAGUUGAUGAUCUAAUCGAGAACAUGCUUAAAAUCAUCAAAAACGAGUAUACAGGAAUCGUCCUAAUACAUUUAAAGAGUAUGAAAAUCUCUUUGAAUACGACCCCGUCGUGCCGCUGA